AUGGGAAUCUCAUUGGUGUACCUGGUGUACCUAGAAAAACCAGUAGAGUUGUUGUUUACGACUAAAUUGGAAACUGACACAGAGCAGUUUUCCACCAAGUUUGAUGACGAUGACGGUCCUGACGUCUUUGUUUUCUUCAAGGAAACCAUGGAACAGUUCGAAAGAUCUGAACCUGAACUAUUUGCUGGAAUGGUUGGAAAUCUUUCUCCACAGGUAGCAGAAUCUUUGCAAAACCUUAUCAAGGUUUGUGAACAACAUGUGAGAUCAGAGGAAUCAAAGCGUGUCGAGCAAGCAGGAGGAUACAACUUCAACCCUGCUGCAGCUAAAUCUUACGAGUUUUCGUUCUACAAUUUCUCUUCGCCGGAGGCUUAUGUGGUACCUAGCGCAGCCUUGUGA